AUGGCAAUUCGACUGAUUGACACCGACACUUUGGAGCUGAAAUCGUUUGUGGAGUCUGACGUUCCCAAGUAUGCGAUUCUAUCACACACCUGGGGCCCCGAAGCAGAUGAAGUCACAUUCCAGGACAUGUUGGCUAUGAAUAGAGGGUCUGAGAAUCCAAAAAGGGAGCGACCAGGAUAUCUCAAGAUCAUCGAAACUUGCCGAAAAGCCAGGUUAACCGGCAUUGGCUACUGUUGGGUGGACACAUGUUGCAUCGACAAGACCAGCAGUGCUGAGCUGAGCGAAGCGAUCAACUCCAUGUUCAAAUGGUAUCGCGAUGCAGCUGUUUGCUAUGUCCUCUUGUCUGACUUCGAGAUUGGAGAUACCCGAGACAUGACGUCGAUCAGCGGAUCCAGAUGGUUUAAGAGAGGCUGGUGUUUACAGGAGCUUGUCGCUCCGCGACACGUUGAGUUCUUUGACCGAUUAUGGAGCUUCCUUGGAACAAGAGAAGAACUGUCGUCCCGUAUCUCGAAAAUCACAGCUAUUGCAACGAAUGUUCUGACCGGACAGGUAUCCAUGGAUACACUUCCGAUAGCUCAAAGGCUGGCGUGGGCAGCGAAGAGAGAGACAACGAGAACAGAAGACAUUGCUUAUUGUCUUUUGGGGAUUUUCGACAUACAGAUGCCUAUUCUUUAUGGGGAGGGCACAAAAGCGUUCAUACGUCUGCAAGAAGAGAUCAUGAAACAGUCGAACGAUCGUUCGCUCUUCGCGUCACGGCAACCUGGCGUGCGGGAGCGGUACUGCAGUUUGCUAGCGCCUUCCCCAAGGUACUUCGCUCAUUGUGCGAACCUCGUCCAUACAGAGAGUCACGUGUAUCAGGGUAGUGCAUAUGCUUUGACCAACAGAGGAUUGCAAUUUUCUGAGACUGAACUCUAUAUCGACUAUCUUUCCGGCUUAUAUGUCUUACCUCUAUCCUGUAUCUCGUCACCAGAUGCAGAGGUUAUCGAGGGUUUACUUCUAGAGCAAGUCGGACCGAAUCUUUUCGCAAGAUUGAGUCAGCGGCCUCGUGUGGAUAUUGUACAUCAAAUCCGCUUUAAGCGGAAAGUGCCUUCAUUUGUCAAGAAAGGGAUACAUAUCGCCUCGCAUGUCACACCUUCGAUUCAUGCAGACAUGCUCUUGGCAGAUGAGUAUUCGAUACAAGUAUCGUCAGAUACACUCAGGCUUGAUCAUCCCUACGCACUACAGAUUGAAGACGAGAUAGCCGGUAGCCACCGAUGGGACAUUGCUGGACUGCGGUUCCUUACGAGGGGUCAUCCAAACUUCCGAGGCUACUGGAAAGUCAACGUAGAGCAGGCGUUGAGCUUGAGCGAUAGGUACCUGGUACGUGACAUGGAAAAACAAUAUUGUUAUCUAUCCUGUGGGUUUGAGUGGCGGGAUAGAACCAAAGGAAGAACGUCAGAACCGUGGGUCUUUCUAUACACAGAAUCGUUCCAAAAACAGUAUAAUGGUACCGGUAUUGUUCCAAGUCCUUUCCUUCAGCUCUCAGGCCAGAAAAGUCUUGCAACGAGUCGACUGUAUCUCGGUCGUCAUCGAUAUACUCGUGUGUACCUUGACGCGUCGAUUAAGGUAGACGAGCAGCCACGGAAAUACAGGCUCAAAUUCAACUUGACCAAAGCGGGAUAA